UCCCCAAUUUGGAAACGUUGUCAUUAGACGGUCACAUCAUUGAGACUAUAUUGCAAUGCCAAGUGCCAAAUGGCUUCCUUUCCAAAGUAAAAACUAUUUACCUGUACAAAAUUCAAGAAAAUAUAGAAACUGUUGCUCUUUGUGGAUUCCUUCAAAGAUUACCCAAUCUAGAAAUUGUAAAAAUUGAUUCUUCUCUCCAAGAAUUUUUUUUCCAAGAUGAAGAAGAUGAUGGCGCUAUGCUACCCCAAAUGGACAGCUAUGGAAGUUUAGCAUCUUUCCAAACUCUAAUAACUCUGGAAGUUAAACAUUGCAAAGCAUUGAUACAGUUGGAGAUACCGUCAGCAGCCAAAAGUAUGAUGCAAAAUCUAACAGCUCUGAUGGUUGAAGAUUGCAAAGCAUUGAAACAGUUGGUAUCACCAUCAGCAGCCAAAAGUAUGGUGCAACUUGUGACAAUGAAGAUUGAAACUUGCGAAAUGUUGACAGAAAUAGUAGCAGAUGAACAACAAAAUGGAACAACAGAAGUCAUCGAAUUCAGCAAAUUGAAAACUUUGCAACUUAUUCGUUUACGAAGCCUCACAAGCUUCUGCUGCUUCAGUGGUCUUACAUUUAAAUUCCCAUCUUUGGAAGUAGUAACUGUAGAAGGAUGCCGCAAUAUGAGUAUUUUCUCUACUGGAGCAUUGAGCACACCAAAGCUGCAAUGUGUACAAAUGGAACGAUAUUAUUUUGAGAAUUGGCUUUGGGAGGGUGAUCUCAAUGCCAGCAUACAACAAUCGAAUAUGGAAAAGUAUGUGAACGUGAAACUCUCUGAAUUUCCCUGGCUAAAGGAAAAAUGGCAUGCCCAACCUCCAUUGAAGUUCCUGGAAAGAUUAAUAAUACCGGUGGUAGACAAGUGUGAGUUUUUCCCAAAAGCCUUAUCAUCAAAUCAACUACAGUGCUUGAACCGUUUGAAGGUGCUGAUUGUAGAAAAUUGCUAUUCGCUUGAAGAAAUAUUUGAUAUGGAAGGGCUGAAUGCAGAUGAAGGGCAUAAUGGGUUGAUGCCAUUGUUAGAGGAAUUGCAUUUAAUUGAUCUACCACAGUUGAGGCGUAUAUGGAACAAGUAUCCUCAAGGAAUUUUGGGUUUCAAAUCGCUAAAACUGCUUAAGGUUCAUAAUUGUAGUAGCUUGAGUAAUAUACUUACUCUUCCCAUGGUAGACAAGUGUGAGUUUUUGUCAAAAGCUUUCUCAUCAAAUCAACUGCAGUUCUUGAACUCUUUGGAGGUGCUGAUUGUAGAAAAAUGCAAUUCGCCAGAAGAAAUAUUUGUUUUGGAAGGGUGGAAUGCAGAUGAAGUGCAUUAUAGGUUGGUGCCGGUGUUUAAGGAAUUGCAUUUAAUUGAUCUACCACAGUUGAAGUGUAUAUGCAACAAGGAUCCUCAAGGAAUAUUGGAUUUUAAGUACCUAAAACUGCUGAAGGUUUAUAAUUGUAGCAGCUUGAGCAAUAUAUUUACUCUUCCCAUGGCUUUGGAGCUUGUGCAACUUGAGUGCAUAGAAAUAAAGAGAUGUAGUUUGUUGGAGGAAAUCAUCCAUAAAGAAGGGGAAGAUGAAGGAGCAAUGGAUAAGACCAUAUCCCUUCAUUACACUCCAUCAUUCUUCAGGAUUUGCACAAUUUAAGAAGCUUUUAUUCAGGAAGUGACAUUUUGAAAUAUCUAUCAUUGGAAAAAAUUGAAGUAACUGACUGUCCGAAGAUGGAGACAUUUUCAGUUAAAGUUUACUCAAGUGUGAUUGGAGAGGGAAACAAAGAACCUUGCAAGGGAUAUUUUGAUGCUCCUACUGUACCGAUUUUCAGUGGCAAGAUUGGGAUUCAGAGGUUAGAAGGACUGAAGGUGGAAUGGAACAUACUGAAGGGGAUAUGGCCUGAAAUGUUUCAAGCAGGGUUCCUUAACAGCCUGAAAGUAAUUGAGCUGCUAGGCUUGCCUGUUGGGUGUGCACAUUUGCUUUUAGAUUUCCUUCAAAGGUUACCCAAUCUAGAGAAGCUUGUUCUGAGUGAUUCUUUAAUGGAAGAAACAUUCCUAGAUGAACUGAACAUUCACAACAAAGAAAAUCCUAGGUCACUUGCACAAUUGAAAGGACUCGUGUUGUCUAAGUUGCCAAAACUUAGGUGUAUGGUGAAUACCCAACCGUUUGAAAAUCUGAAGAAUUUGGAAGUAUCAAAAUGUCAUGGAAUGAUUAAUCUGAUAACUUCCACAGCAGCUAGAAGGCUGGUGCAACUCACUCAAAUAAGCGUAACCGACUGUGAAAUUAUACAAGAAAUAGUAGCGAGUGUGGGAGAUGAAGUAGCUGAUAAGAUAUGGUUCAGCCAUCUAAAAUACUUGGAACUUCGGAGGUUACCAUGCCUUACAAGUUUCAGUUUUGGUUAUUAUACGUUCAUUUUCCAAUCUUUGCGAGAGGUGAUUAUCACAGAAUGCCCCCAGAUGAAGACUUUUGCUCAAGGACGCGCAAGUACACCAACGCUAAGGAAAAUGCAAGCAGAUGGUGAAGUUAAAUUUGAAUUUGAAUGGAAUCGGAAAGGUAACCUAAAUGAGAUCAUACAAGAGUCAUACAAGAGAUUCACUGGAAUGGAUGAUGAAGAAAAUUGAAGUCAUAUUUCAUGUUUGCAAAGCUGGAACAUGGAUGCAGAUUUUCAAUGAAGUAAGAGGCCUUUCAAUUCGUUCCAUUAACUUAUAGCGUAGUAGUUUUCCUUUGAGAUUUCAACAGUGGGAGGAUUUCUCACUCCUGUUCUCUUUACAUAAUCUAGGUAGACUUUGUUUGAGUUUCUGCAACUUGUAUUGCUUGCUAGUAUUAAAUUCCUUGAUUGGCAGAUGCUAUUUGAAGAUUUAAGUGUUGCAAGCUGUUGACAGAAAUUGUAGCAGAUUAAGAAGAUGGAACAACAGAAGAGAUUGGAGAUUGAAAACUUUGGAACUAGUUCAUUUAAAAAGCCCAGCAAGCUUUUGCUCGCGUGGUUUCACCAUCAAAUUCCCAUCUUUGGAAGAAGUAAUUGUAAAAGAUGCCCAAUAUGUGGAUAUUCUCUGCUGGAGCAUUAAGCACACCAAAGCUGCAAUGUGUACAAGUGACAGUAGUACACUUUGGAAAUUGGCUUUGGAAGGGAAACGUCAAUGCCACCACACAACAAUUGUUUAUGA